GGGCGGGGCGCCCGCGCCGUCUUGGGGGUGGGGCAGUUGGAUUAAGGUUGCGGAGGAGGCUGCAGCGGACGCGGAGUAGACCCAGCAGUCAAGAAAUAAAUAACAUUUACAAUGACGACCUUCUUGGAAUUCAUCCAGCAAAAUGAAGAUCGAGAUGGAGUUCGAUUUAGUUGGAAUGUUUGGCCUUCAAGUCGUCUUGAAGCUACAAGAAUGGUUGUUCCUGUGGCAUCCCUAUUUACUCCACUGAAAGAGAGACCUGAUUUACCUCCUAUUCAGUAUGAACCUGUCCUCUGCAGCAGAUCCACAUGUCGAGCAGUUUUAAAUCCUUUAUGUCAAGUGGAUUACCGAGCAAAACUGUGGGCUUGCAAUUUUUGUUAUCAAAGGAAUCAGUUUCCACCCACAUAUGCUGGUAUAUCUGAACUCAAUCAACCUGCUGAACUUUUACCUCAGUUUUCAAGCAUUGAAUAUGUAGUACUGCGUGGCCCUCAAAUGCCUUUGAUAUUUCUGUAUGUGGUGGAUACUUGUAUGGAAGAUGAAGAUUUACAAGCUUUGAAAGAAUCCAUGCAGAUGUCACUCAGUCUUUUACCAUCUACAGCUUUGGUGGGACUUAUUACCUUUGGGAGAAUGGUACAGGUCCAUGAACUUGGUUGCGAGGGCAUUUCAAAAAGCUAUGUCUUCAGAGGAACAAAAGAUUUAACUGCAAAGCAAUUGCAGGAAAUGUUGGGACUCUCUAAAGUACCCAUUACUCAAGCAGCUCGUGGCCCUCAGGUACAGCAACCACCUCCGUCAAACAGAUUUUUACAACCAGUACAGAAAAUAGAUAUGAAUCUUACAGACCUUUUGGGAGAACUCCAGCGAGACCCUUGGCCUGUUCCCCAGGGAAAAAGACCUUUGCGUUCCUCAGGGGUGGCUCUUUCCAUAGCUGUAGGAUUGCUGGAGUGCACUUUCCCAAACACUGGUGCUCGUAUUAUGAUGUUCAUUGGUGGUCCAGCUACUCAGGGUCCUGGAAUGGUCGUUGGAGAUGAGCUAAAGACACCUAUAAGAUCUUGGCAUGAUAUUGAAAAAGACAAUGCUAAAUAUGUUAAAAAAGGAACUAAACAUUUUGAGGCUUUGGCUAAUCGAGCUGCUACAACUGGUCAUGUUAUUGAUAUUUAUGCAUGUGCACUGGAUCAGACUGGUCUUUUGGAAAUGAAAUGCUGUCCUAACCUCACUGGAGGUUACAUGGUAAUGGGAGAUUCUUUCAAUACUUCCUUAUUCAAGCAGACCUUUCAGAGAGUUUUUACCAAAGAUAUGCAAGGACAAUUUAAAAUGGGCUUUGGAGGCACAUUAGAAAUAAAGACCUCGAGGGAAAUAAAGAUUUCAGGAGCAAUUGGACCCUGUGUGUCUCUCAAUUCUAAGGGACCCUGUGUUUCAGAAAAUGAAAUAGGAACAGGUGGCACCUGCCAGUGGAAAAUAUGUGGACUCAAUCCUAAUACAACUUUAGCUCUGUAUUUUGAAGUUGUCAACCAGCAUAAUGCUCCAAUUCCUCAAGGUGGACGUGGUGCUAUUCAAUUUGUGACUCAGUACCAGCAUUCAAGUGGACAGAGACGCAUCAGAGUAACCACAGUGGCUAGAAACUGGGCAGAUGCUCAAACCCAAAUACAAAACAUUGCUGCUUCUUUUGAUCAGGAGGCAGCUGCCAUUCUUAUGGCCAGAUUGGCAGUGUAUAGGGCAGAGACAGAGGAAGGUCCAGAUGUGCUCAGAUGGCUAGACAGACAACUCAUUCGCUUGUGUCAGAAAUUUGGAGAGUAUCACAAAGAUGAUCCAAAUUCAUUCAGAUUUUCGGAAACCUUCUCCCUUUACCCACAGUUUAUGUUCCAUUUACGAAGAUCUCCUUUCUUGCAAGUUUUUAACAACAGUCCUGAUGAGAGUUCAUAUUACCGGCAUCAUUUUAUGCGUCAAGAUCUGACCCAGUCAUUAAUCAUGAUUCAGCCUAUUCUCUAUGCCUACUCUUUUAGUGGACCUCCAGAGCCUGUUCUUCUUGAUAGCAGCAGUAUUCUUGCAGAUCGUAUUCUUCUGAUGGACACCUUUUUUCAGAUUUUGAUUUAUCAUGGGGAGACCAUAGCGCAGUGGCGCAAAUCAGGCUACCAGGACAUGCCAGAAUAUGAAAAUUUUCGCCAUCUCUUGCAAGCCCCAGUAGAUGAUGCUCAAGAAAUUCUGCAUUCCAGAUUUCCAAUGCCACGGUACAUCGAUACAGAACAUGGAGGCAGCCAGGCACGGUUCCUGCUUUCAAAAGUCAAUCCUUCACAGACGCAUAACAAUAUGUAUGCCUGGGGACAGGAGUCGGGAGCACCUAUUCUCACAGAUGAUGUUAGUUUACAAGUCUUUAUGGAUCAUCUAAAGAAAUUGGCUGUAUCAAGUGCUGCUUGAAGCUGUUAAACAUAUUUGAGGAUGCAAAAUAUGAAGUGACAGUUCAACAUUAUUUCUUCCCCUUUUCAGUUUAUUUCUUUGAACCAACAGAAAAUUUUUGGGUCCUUAGAUUGGAUCAUUAUGAUUUAUGAGACAGCUACUGGGGAGAAAAUUCGCCUUUAUAUAUUACAUUGGAGUUUAAUUAGAGCAAUAAGAACAAAUUUUACUUUGCUAGCCACAGUGUUAUAACUGAUCUAAAAUCUUUGUAACUUGAUUUUUUUUAAGGUUGAAAAUAUAAUUUUGCUUUAAAUUAUAGAGCUACAAACUAUGAUAUAUAGCAAACAAAUCCAAAGUGUAACUGAGUUAUUGAUGAUCUCAUGAAAAGCAUUGUGUUUCUUAAAUUAUUGCAAAAGAUGAACAAAAUAAGACCUUGAAAUUUUCUGUCAAUUCAUUGAACAUAGAUUUGCAAUGAUAAUCAUUUUGUAUCUAGUUUACUUUCUGAUAAACCAAUAGGUCUACUUUUAAAAUAGCCUGUUUUGGAAUUAUUUAAUUUUGUGUGUGUUUUUUGAUUUUUUGAUAACUGUUUUUUGCUCUUAAUAAGGACAAAAAUUAUUAGCAAAAAAUAACUUGCAGUAGCUAACCAGUGCAUAGAACUCCCACAAAGCAUUCUUUCUUGGGAUAAAACACUAAACAGACAAUUGAAAAGUAAGAGGUUAAGAAAUAAGCCACUUUUAAACCAGACAUAGGCAAAUAUAAUCUUUGUUAUAGCUAGAUGAACCAAAUUUAGUUUUGAUCCCAUAUAGUCCAUGGUUCUCUGUUUUUCAAAUAUAAAAUUUCAUUUUUAUUAUAGUCUCUAUUAUUUUAAUGGUAUUAUGCAAGUUUACACAUAUUCUUGGUUUCCACUUCCUUUAUGUGAUAAAUUGAUUGAGGCUGUGGUUUUUGUUGAAACAAUAUUAUAUGACAUUUUACAUAAUUAUAAUGUCUGGCUAAGCUGGGAUCUAUCCCAAUAUAUAUGUUAAUAUUUGUCCUGCCUAUUAAAUUUUACUUAUAGUAAAUAAGUUUGAAUUGCUAAAUCCAGAUGAAUUUUGCAAUGAAUUUGAAUUUACUAUGUCAAAUAAAAGAUUGUGCAUUGUCAUA